AUGGCCUUUAUGGACCCGAGUUCGAAUGCCGGAGUAUCGAGUACAAGCAUCAAGGGUUUGGCCCUGGCCUUGAUGGACCUAGGUGUGGGCUUCAAGGGCCUAGGCCUGAGCAUCGUGGUCCCAGGCCCGGCCUCGAUGGAUCCGGGCCUGGCCAAAACCCAUUUGCUCUCUCUCUCUUUCCUCCGCGAAGCGCGGCUCUUUGUGGACCGCGCCUCCGCCUCCGCCGGUUUCCUCCAUCGUCGCCUCCCGGAGCCCAUCGGUGGCUCAGAUCCUGACCACGCGGCCGCCUCCGCCUACGCCUACGCCGUCGCCGUCUCCUCCGAAGCCCUCCAUUGGCGAUUCGUCCUCUGCCACUCUCUCUCUAUCCCAAGAAAUGGCUCCGCUCUGCUCUCUGUGACGAACCGCGCCUCCGCCGUCGCCUCCCGCAGCCCCUUUGGAGAUCUCAGGCUUCGACUCGCCCUCUGCGUUACCUCCCGAAGCCCCAUUCUCAGAUCUCGACCACGCGACCGCCUCCGCCUACGCCGUCGCCUCCGAAGCCCCCAUUUGGCGAUUCGUCCUCUGCCCCUCUCUCUUUGUCCCGAGAAACGGCUUUGCUCGGCUCUCUGUGACGAACCGUGCCCCGCCGUCGCCUCCCGAAGCCCCUUUGGCGAGCCCUCGGCGGAGGAGCUGGCGCUGGUGGUGGUGAUGGUGGGGUCGAGGUGUGCGCGUUCAACAAUCGUGGCGCGGGCCGGAGUUCCGUGCCCGCUGACAAGUCAGAGUACACGUGAGUCCGAUCGAUGCAUACGGACAAAGAUUAUGGCGAAAGAUGCGAUUGCUGUACUCGAUCACCUGGGAUGGGAAAGAGCCCAUGUCAUUGGCCAUUCAAUGAGAGCUAUGAUCGCUUGCAAGUUUGCUGCCAUGGUGCCCAACAGAGUUUUAUCUUUAGGAUUGCUCAAUGUGACUGGUGGAGGUUAUGAAUGUUUCCCAAAGAUUGACCGGCGAACCAUCUCAAUUGCAAUCCGCGUUUUAGGGCUAAAACUCUGGAACAAAGGGCUGCUGUUGAUUUGGAUACCCACUACUCAAAAGAAUAUCUUGAGGAAUAUGUUGGAUCUAGCACCCGGAGGGCAGUUCUCCACCAAAAAUUCUCAGGAUGGGAUUGGAGGAUAAUUGAUAAAUCACAGAGCUCUAACGCCAGCACUUGUGCGACCACGUGGAAGUGAGGCCUUACCAGAAGGUAUUGUUGCCAGUUCUUCUGAUUUGGAAAUGAGGCCGUUAUGG